CCUCAGGACGCUCCCUUCCACAGUUUACUUCCAGGACUCUCUCCUCCCGCAAGAGCCAAGCCAUGAUGAAAGUUCUCCUCGUCCUGUCGGCCCUCGCCGUUACGGCCUUUGGAAGGAUGGCUGGUGUUUUGCCCGGAGGAUUUCGGAUUAACGACGGUUUUUCCUGCGACGGUCGUCCAUAUGGCUUUUAUGCUGAUGUCGACAAUGAUUGUAAAGCUUAUCACGUCUGCGAACCUGUGGUGGAUGAGGAUGGACAGCUUGUGGAAAUGGCCCACUACACGUUUCUUUGUGGAGAAAAGACUGUCUUCGAUCAGGAACAGCUGUCAUGCGCUACGCCAGGAGAAGCUUACCCUUGUGCGAACGCUGCUGCCAUUUACGAAGAAACAAACCUCAGACUGCUCAUCGUAGCCGAGCACUUCACCGAACCGUAACCAUCCGCUGUUUUUUGGACGACCAGGAAUUUCGAUGACGCUCUCUUUCGCUUCUGAUAUUUAUUUAUGAAAAUGCAAGUCUGUGAAGUAUGGAUGAUGAAUUCAUUAUUAUAAAUGUUAGCCACUUGCAGAAUCCAUGCAUCAUUUACAUUGUCCAUGUUUCAGUGGGUAACAUACGAUGUUUUCCGAAAUAUGAGUAUUACAUUAGAUAUUACUGACUAUAUAAUUUCUAACAAUCCUUAGGGUUACACAUGUUUACUGAAUAAAAAACGUUACAUGUAAGAUAUAAUAAUCAAAGUCAAGCAGAGGAUAAUAUCACAGAAUAAUCCCUGAAAUAAACUUAAGGAUAAGUUCCCCAAAAUAAUAAAACUACUGUUAUCGACAAGAUAAUAAGAAACCAA